GCGCACACUUCGGCGGACGCGCGCACUGCAUUGAACAUGGCGGCAUCCAUGGCAACCCGGGCUGUUUCUCAAGCGCUACGUGGAGCUCCUAACUGCCCGUUAUUUCUCAACAAACACAAGUUGGUGAGGGUGAGUCCCAGACGAUGGCUGAACCUGCAGGAGUACCAGAGUAAGAAGCUGAUGCAGGACUGCGGUGUAACCGUGCAGCGAUUCUUCGUCGCCGACACCGCCAAAGAGGCGCAGGAGGCCGCCAAGAGGCUGAACGCUAGAGAGAUCGUCCUGAAGGCUCAGAUCCUGGCCGGGGGGCGAGGAAAGGGCGUGUUCGAUAGCGGCCUGAAAGGCGGAGUGCAUUUAACCAAAGAUCCUGCUGCUGUGGGUGAACUGGCCAAUAAGAUGCUGGGCUUCAACCUGACCACUAAGCAGACUCCGCAGGGGGGCGUCAAGGUCAAAACGGUGAUGGUCGCCGAGGCGCUGGAUAUCACCAGGGAGACGUACUUCGCCAUCCUGAUGGACCGCGCAUGUAACGGGCCGGUGAUGGUGGGCAGCCCACAGGGAGGGGUGGACAUCGAGGAGGUGGCGGCCAAAACGCCGGAGCUUAUAUUCAAGGAAGUCAUCGAUAUUUUCGAAGGUGUCCGAGACGACCAGGCGCUGCGCAUGGCGGCUAAUUUGGGCUUCAAAGGGCCACUGGAGAGGCAGGCUGCAGACCAAAUUAAGAAGCUCUACGAUCUGUUCCUGAAAGUCGACGCCACCCAGAUCGAAGUCAAUCCACUCGGCGAGACUCCAGAAGGACGAGUCGUCUGCUUUGACGCCAAGAUCAACUUCGACGAUAACGCGGAGUUCCGGCAGAAAGAAGUCUUCGCCAUGGACGACACGGCCGAGAGCGACCCCACGGAGACCGAAGCCGCCAAGCACGACCUGAAAUACAUCGGGCUGGACGGGAACAUCGCCUGCUUCGUUAACGGUGCCGGCCUGGCCAUGGCCACAUGUGAUAUCAUCGACCUGCACGGCGGGAAACCGGCGAACUUCCUGGAUCUAGGAGGAGGAGUGAAGGAGAGUCAGGUGUACACCGCCUUCAAACUGCUCACCGCUGAUCCCAAGGUGGAGGCCAUCCUGGUGAAUAUUUUUGGAGGGAUCGUGAACUGUGCCAUCAUCGCUAACGGCAUCACCAAGGCCUGCAGAGAGCUGGAGCUCAAGGUGCCCCUGGUUGUCCGACUGGAAGGAACCAACGUGCAGGAGGCUAAGAGGAUCCUGUCUGAAAGCGGCCUCCCCAUCACCGCCGCCACCGACCUGGAUGACGCCGCCAAGAAAGCAGUGGCUGCUAUCUCCAAGAAAUAGCACACACACACACAUACACACACACACACACACAUAUACACACACACACACAUAUACACACACACACACACACCUAACCUGCCUUCAUGUUUGUUUAAUAAAACAAAUAUUCCCUUGUAAUAGUUUGGGGAGGAACCUCUGUGGAUCCUUGCACACACGUGGGACCGAGCUCGACCCUCAACGUCCCAAAUUCCAUCAGUCCCGAUCUCACGUCUUUCGAGCGCCACCGUCCUGUGCCACAUAAAUCAGAACUUUAUUGCCUUAUUUGGUCGUACUUUACUUUCCUGUGCUUUUUUUUUCCUGAUCUUGUUUGCAUUCCAUUUCCCGGCGUGACAGUGCCAGCGGUUUUAGAGAAGAUAGCGAUCCGUUUCAUAUAAAGUAAAAUGUAUUGUGGUGUAAUCGCGCGCGCUAACUUCGGGCCGCGUGACGUUUAUCGUUACGACUGUGAAAUGACUUGCAAAAACUGGUAUUGAUUUUUCUAAAUCUCAUUAUCGCCUGAACGUCGGCGCUGUUACCUCGGCUAACUACUUUACACCUGGAAGUUAAACUGAGAACCACCCGUCACUGAGAACCAGAACCGUCUGUCACUGAGAACCGCCUGUCACUGAGAACCAGAACUGUCCGUCACUGAGAACCAGAACCGUCUGUCACUGAGAACCGCCUGUCACUGAGAACCAGAACUGUCCGUCACUGAGAACCAGAACCGUCCGUCAUAGAGAACCGCCUGUCACUGAGAACCAGAACUGUCCGUCACAGAGAACCACCCGUCACUGAGAACCAGAACUGUCCGUCACAGAGAACCACCCGUCACUGAGAACCAGAACCGUCUGUCACUGCGAACCGUCUGUCACUGAGAACCAGAACUGUCCGUCACAGAGAACCACCCGUCACUGAGAACCAGAACCGUCUGUCACUGAGAACCAGAACCGUCUGUCACUGAGAACCGCCUGUCACUGAGAACCGUCCGUCCUUUGUUUACACUGGUGUCCUGUCACCAGUUCAAAGUCCAGUUUGUACAGAUCACUUUUACCCAGUCCAGUUGGAACUGACCUCUCUCUUUUGUCGUUACCUGAUCGAGGAGUAUCAAGGCCGUCACGCCCCCUUCCUAUGUCACCUGCCAGAGGGUGGAGUCCAACAGAGUCUGCCCUUUUUUUUCACCGGCCAGGGGGCGGAGUCUCACAGAGUGCAGUGUCGCCCAUCCACGAUCGAGAAGCUUCCUAUACAGGGAUUCUGUAUCAGUACUGACACGGUUCUCCGGCGCUCUUGCAUUCGGUUUCUGGACUUUUGAUUUCCUUUUGAGUUUCUAAUAAACGUGAUGUGUGAAUAAUCGUGUGUGUGUAUCGUCACGUCAUCCAGGUUUCGCUUUGUGAGUAUUUUUAUAAUCUCAUGGAUUUCAGUGCCAAACUUCACCAGCAGCCGAGCCAACUAAUCAUUUAUUUUUAUUUUUUUAUUCCAUAUAAAUGAUGCUAAAACCUUUAUUAUUAGUUCUUUUGUAAUCAAGAAUGUUGUGAGAUCCGAGUUCUGUUCAAACGACAGCGGACAAAAACAAAUGCAAUAAAAUUUGUUAAAAAUA